AUUCUUCUAACGUUUUUCGGGCAAAAUAUAUUUUUUCCACGAAAAAAAAGAUUUUUCUUUGCAAAAUUGUAACAUUUCUUUUUCAAAUUUAAAGUAAAGAACGUAAAUAGUUAUUAAAUGUCUAGUGUUUAUUAAGUUUUAAAUUGUAAUUAUAAGUAAUUUAUAAAAAAGCAAACAACUUUACAAAUAUCAGGUGCUUAAAAAAGUCAUAAAUUUAACAAAAAAAAAUUUCACCAUCAUAAAACAAAAAAAAUCGUGUUUAAGACGCAUUUCUGUUGUCUCCCUAUAUACAAUUUGUUCGAUUUAUGUAUAUUGGACGCACACACAUUUCUUUUUGUUAUAAUUUUUUUAUUAACAAAACGUUUAACUAAAAAGGGAGAAAAUAAAUAAAUUACCACCGAAAAAUUAAGCAGACUACAAAAACAAAUUCAACAGAAGCAGAAAAAGCAGCAAUAAGAAAUUUUUUAAGCCAACCAAAUACACAAGGGAAAGGCGCAAUUAGCGAACUGAGCAACAGCCAUUGACACGGACAGAAAGACAGACACAAAGGCAUAGAGACAACAGACAUUGUAUCGUCGUCACUUUUUGGCUAUAUGGCUGCUAAUAUGAUUAGUAACAAUAAUAAUACAAAAUCAAAAAAUGGUGGUAUGGCCAGAGGAGGUCUAAUGUCUAACUCUUCCUCUGCUUCAAACAUUUCUACUGCCACAGCAGCCAGCUCGGUUAACCUAGUAAAUACAACAACAGGUCGUAAUGUUGUUGUAUGUGGCAGCAGCGGUGGUGGUGGUGGUGGCAUUCCCGUGCACCCUGUCAACGACGGUGUUACUAGUCUUAGUGAUUUGCGUAGCUAUUUGCAACCCAUCAAUAGUACAAUGUCCCUGCCGCCUGGUGUUUGUCCCUACGAUCACAUAAUCGAAAUGAUACGUGGUCUGGAUUUACAAGAUGAUGGCAUAACCAUGAAUCACAAGAUCAAAUCAAUCGAAACAGAUUUCUGUAAUAUUGUACGUGAUGAAAAUAUGUUGUGUGAAUCAAUGGAAUAUCUAAAUGACAAAGCAUUGGAAGAUGGUGAAACAGCUUUAAAAUUUGCUUUACUCUUUGCAUCACAUAAUUUUGAUGUUCUCGCCAUGAAGGAGACAAAAGUGCGAACAGCCAUGUUAACACUGUUGCAAAAGAAUUUCGUUAAUGCUGAAAACUAUAGAUUGCAUGAUCGUGAACGUCUUUAUAAUUCUAUAACACUUUUGGGAGAAUAUUAUCAUCGUGUACGUUUGGCAGAUAAUUCGCCCAUCAACAUAUUGGGUGAGUCGUUAUUGGGUCUACUCAUACGUGAAAUUAAGGAGGAGAAGAAUGUGAACGAUGUGAAAUUGGCGAAAUUAAUAUUGUCACAAAUAACACUUAAUGGUGAUUUGAUGCGCAAUCUGCAUAAAACGGAAAUAUCACAAUUACUAUAUCACAUACGAAAGAAUCUAAUAGAGCAGCCAAAUUUGAAGCCAACCGUUAAAGCCAUUAUGUUAAUGACUUUAGAUUUAUUUUAUAGCAAUUUUGCAAGUUUAGGGUCACAAUUAGAAGUAAUGUAUACAAAAUAUUUCAUUAUGGAGGACGAUGACGAGGGCAACAAUAAUCAAAAUUCUAAUCAACAAACACCUUCGUCGCAAGCUAAUUCUCAUCAGCAACAAAAUCAAACCAACAAUAGUCCCCAGCAUCAACAACAACAACAACAAAAUUUCACCUGCCCUUCAACUCAACUACAGCAGCAGCAGAAUAGUUACGAUGAAGUUCCCCUGCCUUCGUCGUCAAAUAAUACCAGCUAUGAAAAUGGAGAUUCUGGUAAUGUUAACGACAACACCGAAGAUGAUCCCGACAGCUACAAGAAGUGGAGCGAACAAGUUUGUGAGGAUUCUUUUGAGGAGUACAACGGUGUCGAAAGUGAAUUAAAUUUGAGCAGCAGUGGUGGUAAUCAGGAUCAAUUGAACAGAAGCUUUGGUGAUGAACGUGAUCGUCAGCAUUCUUCUAAUAGGAGUUAUGAUAAUGACAGCGAUAGACAGAGUCGCAACUCAAGACGCUCAUUUCAACCCAGACAAUCACCAAGACCACUUAAACAAAAUUUCAAUAGCAAUGAACCGUUACAGAAUAGUCGCGAUUCUCAAAAUAGCGGUAAUGAAGAACGUGACGAAUCAAAACCAUUGCCACGUUGGCGUGCUCCCAGAUUUAAUCGUGACGAUCAAAAUAAAGACAAUAGAUCGCGCAAUGCUCAAAGACGUUUUAGUGCCAGUUUUGACGAUGAUCGUCAAAGUAUACGCAGUGAUGGUGGUAGUAUACGCCUCUACAGCAUUAAUGAUCGCCUGAAACAUGCUCAAGAGAAAAUUGAACGUUCAGGCAAUCAGUCAUCGUACACGGGUAUAGCGAAUUCAAAUUGGGAUCGACAAUCACAACGAGACGAUCGCAGUGAACGUUCCUAUAUGAGCAACUAUGAGCGUGGUAAUAACCAUCGUAGAGGUGGUGGUAGACACUAUAAUAAUAGGCCCACUUACGACAAGCCACCACGUUUUCAGAAGAAUAAUAAAAAUUCUAAAGAUAAAAAUUCAGAUACCUGGAGAAGUUCAAAUAGUAAUUUACAAUAUGUGGAUGAAAAUUCUUCAUACAACACAAAUGGACCCGAGUCAAAUAGUCGCAGCUCCUCAAGAGCACGCACCUUGCCCAGACCGGCCAAGUCUAGAAUUGAUGGCAACAAUCAAAGUAAUAACUAUAGACGCAGUCAAAGUCCCAACAGUUAUCAGCAGCGCGGUGGUGGUGGCAAUCAUCAUCAUCAACAUCAUAACCAGCAUCAAAAUAAAAAUCGAUCACACAAAUUUGGCAGUCGUUAUAGUAGUCAAAGCAGUUUGGCCAGUGAUGCUUCCAGCACUUUAGAUCGCCGCCACCAUCAAAGAAAUCGUUCGUUUUCCCGACGUACUUCUUCGCAACAGCAACAAGAUCUUCCCAAUGAUAUUCAGCAUUGGAAUGACAAGGAUACAAAUAGUGAAUUGUGAAUUUUUUGGAAGAUAAGGCAAAGAUAAAGAAUGUAUUCCUUUCAAUGUCUGCUCUAGUAAAAAUUUAACUAAAAACCAAUAGAUACUCUGUGGUAUAAAAU